ACCAGGAUGGAGAUACUUCAGCUCCAGUAUUUACUACAUCUCUACUGAGAAGAAGAGCUGGAGUGAGAGCAGAAAGGACUGCCAGGGGAGAGGAGCAGACCUGGUGAUCAUAAACAACAGUGAGGAACAGGAAUUAGUUGGUGUGUGGAGAAGAGGUGAAAGUGCUUGCAUUGGUGCGACUGACAGAGACAAUGAGGGAGUCUGGAAAUGGGUAGACAGUACUGCAAUCACUAAUAAACAGAAGGUCAGCUGAUGAAGAGGAUAGCACAUACAACUAUGAAGACAUCUAUGUGAAUGAAGAUGAAAUAAAAAUGCAAGAGCCUACAAGCAAAGAAAUGACUGCAGAACCAAACAGCUCUGGGUGCAGAUGUUACAGACUGGCUGUGGUGUGUCUGAUGAUGCUGGUCGUUCUCUUGCUGGCUGCCAUCGCAAUACUGUGGUUCAAGCUGACUAGUUGCAAAAGUUUUGCUGAAGAAAGAGACCAGCUGCAGAGAAAGUCAGAUGAACUCCAGCAAAAGUUCUCUCAACUGAAGAAAGACAUUGACACACCAAAAUGGCUAUACUUCAACUCCAGUAUUUAUUACAUCUCUAAUGAGACGAAGAGCUGGAGUGAGAGCAGAAAGGACUGCCAGGAUAGAGGAGCAGACCUGGUGAUCAUAAACAGCAGUGAUGAACAGGACCUUGUUGGGAUGUGGAGAAGUGGAAAGGAAGUUUGGAUUGGUGCAAAUGACAUAGAAGCUGAGAAGGUCUGGAAAUGGGUGGACGGUACUGUAAUCAGCAGUGGGUUCUGGCAAAAGGGUGAACCCAACAAUGCCAGGAACCGUGAGGACUGUGCAGUGUCUGGCUAUCGUACUGAGCGUGAAAAUUGGUCCCAUUCCCACCCAGAGUUUCCAGGCUACCCUGCCUUGGUCCCACCUCCAAUUAAUGACCUCAUGACUGAUGCCUCUAUUUAAGGAAGAGGAAUAAACGCUACCAGAGGAGGGUUGUUGUUGUGGUGUUUGGUGUGGUGAAGUAGGAGUGGAUUUUGUUGGCUUAGUGAUAUGUUUGUUCUGGUUUUUGUCUUUGGCCUGUAUUUUGUAUACACCCUGAGCUUGUUUUGCUGUUUUGGACCAUUUCUGUAUAUAGAUAUCACUGUACAUAUUCACUUAGUUCACUGGCAGUAAGGGUGUGGCUUCCAUUUUGUUUGGAGUGGGGAUUGUUGUUUUGUAGUAGGGAGUUAGGGAAGCUUAUUGUAUUUUUGUUUCUUUUCUUUCAGGUAAGGAAGCUUCUAAAUGUAGACAUUUUCUGUUUAUUGGCUC